AUGGGUGCUGGAGAAUAUGUCUUUCUCAUAGAAUGUUCUCAUGUCCCGUUUAAUCGAGCAACGCUUCGAAUUUCUGAACACUCAGGUACAACCCCCAUCGCACCAACAAGAGCAGGCGCAUCCACCAUGACAUUGGAGCGCACACAGCAUCCUGAACGGGAGAUGCUUGAAUUAUCGGGAAAGAAAGAAGAACGAAAACGAUGA